AUGUGUGGAAUCUUUGGCUAUGCCAAUUAUAACGUCGACCGAUCCAGAGGUCAGAUCAUCGAUACUCUAGUAGAAGGUUUGACCAAGUUGGAAUAUCGAGGCUAUGAUUCUGCAGGUAUUGGCAUUGACGGAGAGAAUGACUUUGAUGAGAACUCUCCCGUUAGAGAGAUUGCUUUAUACCGUCAAGUUGGAAAGGUGUCCAAACUUAAAGAAGAGAUUAUCAACCAUCACCCUGACAUCUCAGAGAUGUUUCAUAAUCACGUGGGUAUUGCUCAUACUAGAUGGGCCACUCAUGGAGGUGUUACUCAGGCCAAUUGCCAUCCUCAACCUUCAGAUGAUAACAAUGAGUUCAUCGUUGUCCAUAAUGGCAUUAUCACUAACUAUAGAGAGCUCAAGACCUUCCUUAAAGGUGAAGGUUUUACCUUCAGAUCUGAUACGGAUACUGAGGUAAUUGCCAAGCUGUUUAAAUACUACUAUGAUAAAGAUCAAGACCUUGAGUUCUAUCAACUUGCCAAAGAGGUCUUGUAUCAACUUCAAGGUUCUUAUGGUUUGUUAAUCAAAUCUGUUAGGUAUCCUAACGAGAUGAUUGCCACUAGAAAAGGCUCUCCCUUACUCAUUGGUGUUAAGACCGAGCAGAAGUUGAAGGUUGACUUUGUUGACGUUGAAUUCAUCAACGACGACGUCAAAGACAGCUCUUCCAACGGCGCUAUUAGAACUCAUCCUCCUAAAAACACCAUGGCCAUCAGAAAGUCGGAAUCUCGUGCAAUUUUACCUGAUUUCAGUAAGCCUAUUGAGUUUUUCGUCUCUUCGGAUGCUUCCGCUGUAGUCGAACAUACCAAAAAGGUUCUCUUCUUGGAAGAUGAUGACAUUGCACACAUAGAUAAUGGUGAAUUACAUAUCCAUCGUGCCCGUCGUAGUGCAAGUACAUCGACUACAAGACCCGUUCAUACCUUGGAGAUGCAGCUUGCUGAGAUUAUGAAAGGUGGCUUUGAUCACUUUAUGCUCAAGGAGAUCUUUGAACAACCAGACUCUACUUUCAACACCAUGCGUGGUCGUAUCAACUUCAACAAGAAGACCGUCACCCUUGGUGGUGUCAAAGAUUAUCUUAUCACCAUUCGCCAUUCCAGAAGAUACCUUAUGGUGGCAUGUGGUACAUCCUAUCAUUCGUGUAUGGCUGUUAGACCUCUUUUCGAGGAGCUUACUGGGAUUCCGGUCACCGUUGAAUUGGCCUCCGACUUUUUGGAUAGAGCUCCUCCCGUUUUCAGAGAUGAUACAUGUCUCUUUGUGUCACAAUCUGGUGAAACGGCAGACUCUAUGCAGGCUCUACGGUAUUGUAAAUCUGCUGGAGCUCUAAAUCUCGGUAUUGUUAAUACCGUUGGUUCCAGUAUCUCACGUGAAACAGACUGUGGUGUCCAUAUCAAUGCAGGACCCGAAAUUGGUGUUGCUUCUACUAAAGCCUACACCUCACAGUUCAUUGCUUUGGUUAUGUUGGCGUUGCAGAUUUCCAGUAACGUCAUAGACAAUCGUGCACGUGCCGAGGAGAUCAUUAAUGGUCUUAAAGACAUUCCUGCCAUGAUCGGCAAAGUUCUCAGCAAGAAAGCUCAUAUUAAGGAGAUCUGCCACGAGUAUUUAACCGGUAAAGAAUCGAUGUUGGUCAUUGGUAGGGGUUACCAAUAUGCCUCGGCUCUUGAAGGAGCUUUGAAGAUAAAAGAAAUCUCUUAUAUUCACGCCGAAGGUGUCCAGGCAGGUGAAUUAAAGCACGGCGUUCUUGCCUUAGUCGAUGAAAAUAUGCCCAUCAUUGCAUUUGCAACGCGUGAUUCACUUUCUCCUAAGGUUAACUCUGCUAUCCAGCAGGUUACUGCUAGAGACGGUCGUCCGGUCAUCAUCUGUUCUGAAGGUGAAAAAAUGAUCGAUAAAUCCAAGACUUCCGCCAUUAUUGAGGUGCCAACAACUGUUGAUUGCUUACAAGGAUUGGUAAAUAUUAUUCCCCUUCAGAUGAUGGGAUAUUAUCUAUCUGUUGAAGCUGGUAACAAUCCUGAUCGUCCUAGAAAUUUGGCCAAAUCUGUCACUGUCGAAUAA